UCAGCAAGCAUGUGUUUUAUUUGUAAACAUAACCUGGAUGGUGCGAAAGCAUAAUUUGUAAACUUAACAAGGUUAUUUUUACAUUUUAGUGUGAGUAGUAUAGUUUAUCGCCAACCUAAUAUCCACGUAGAAGAAAUUAAAGUAACAUAAUGACUGAAAGUGAUGAAGUUCGUACUAAACUUGAACCUGAGGUGGAAAGUAUCAAUAACGAUUUCCAAAGUCAUAGCACACGAGACGACAAUGUGCAAAAUACAAUAUUUGUGGGAAACUUGCCAAAUAAAACUACAUCAAAAGAUGUGAAAAAGUUGUUUGGAAUAUUUGGUCCGAUUCUCCAUGCAAGAUUGAGAGGUGCUGUCCGAAAAGAACUGAAAAUUCCCAAAAAAUUAGCGAUAAUUAAGAAAGAAUUUCAUGAAGAUAACAACCACAUUAAUGCUUAUAUCAAAUUUAAAAAUGUUGAAAGUUGUAAGUCGGCACUAAUUAUGAAUGGUGAAUUGUAUGAGAACCACCAUUUGAGAGUCACUUUGGCUGAAGAUGAAGGAAAAAACUGAUCCCAAAAAAAGUAUUUUUGUAGGAAAUCUGGUCUUCAAAAUACAUGACGAUGAUCUCUGGCAAGCAUUUGAGGACUGUGGACCAAUUGACCGUAUAAGGGUAAUCCGAGACCAAAAAACUGGAAUUGGAAAGGGAUUUGGAUAUGUAAAUUUCAAGUCCGCAGAUGCUGUAGAACUAGCUCUCAAAUUGGAUGGAAUUCCGAUUUUGGGUCGAAAUGUGAGAGUAAGCAGAGUGACGAAUGAUGGCAGAGCCAACUCUUCUGUCAAGAGAAAGAAACUGAAGAAAAUUCUCUCAAAUGAUGAACCAAAACAGAAAGGAGUAAAAGUUGAAAAAACAAAGCAAACCAUUUAGAACGAAAGUUAAGCAUGAGUUUCAAGGGCAAAAAACUAAGGCAUCCAUUCAAAAAAAGCCAAAAAAGAAAAAGAGAUUUGACAAAAAGAAGAUGGUCAUCAAACAAAUUGCUGAACAAAUGAGCAAGAAGAAAUAAAUUUUGUUUUACAGAAGAUGUUA